AUGGCCGAACAACCGACGCAAAUUCACUCCAUCUUCGAGACCUUCCGCAACGAGCUAGAUGAGCACCACGAUCGGCGCGAGCGACUAAUCAAGAUCUCAAGAGAUAUCACGGCACUGAGCAAGAAGAUAAUCCGCAAACUCAACGCCCCGCUCCCGGAAAACAUCACAAAAGAAACUCAAUCCCGCUUCACCCAAAUCCAAUCCCUCUUCACCAACGCCCUCCCAGACCUCACCGGCCCAAACAAAUGGCGCUACCAGCGUCAACUCAGCGGCGCAAUUCAGGAAUAUAUCGAGGCGCUCUCCUUCCACCACUAUCUCACCUCGCAGACCCUCAUCACGCUCCCCGAAGUGCGCACGAAACUCCCCGCCGAGAUACUCGUCACGGAGGAGGAUUAUCUGUUGGGUUUGUUUGAUUUAACUGGGGAGAUGAUGCGGUUUGCGGUUACGGCGCUGUCGGCUGGGUCGGUUGCUUCUGAGGAGAAGAAGAUGGGGUUGAGUAGGGAGCAGAAUGGGAUUGUGGUGGAUUUGAGGGAGAUGAGGUCGCUUUUUGAGGGGUUGAGUGUGUCUAGACGGCAUAAUUUGAUUAAGGAUUUGGGGAAGAAGAUGGAGGUUAUGCAGGGGAGUGUGGAGAAGGUGGAGAGGGCUGCUUAUGGGAUUUUGGUGAGGGGGAGUGAGAGGCCGGCUGGGUGGAUGCCGGAUCUCUCUGGUGGUGGUGAUGAGGGGUAUUAA